CAUACGCAACUCAACAGUGGUACCAGUCAAAAGUGUAGCCUUUGAACCCCAAACAUGAAAGCUUCUGUUGGAGAAAUAAUUUCACUGUUGAUGAAAAUUAUCUAUUUCUAUUUUGAAUCUUUUUAUCGACUGAUCGUGCCACCUGCCAGACAAGAUGUCCGCGGAAAGAAAGUGCUGAUCACCGGCGCAGGACACGGUAUCGGCCGGGAACUGUCACUGGAGUUUGCCCGCCUCGGAGCGUCGCUUAUACUCUGGGAUAUAAACAAGGAGAACAAUGAAGACACAGCAGAUGAAGUCCGUCGUGUUGGUGUCACAGUCCAUUCAUAUGUCUGUGAUGUCACCUCCACCGAUGACGUCCACAACACCGCCGACCGUGUGAGGAGAGAGGUGGGCAACGUGGACAUCUUGGUCAACAACGCCGGCAUCCUGUAUGGUGGGCCGGUACUUGACAUGCAGGAGAAGCACAUCCGUCGCACGUUUGAAGUGAACACCUUGGCUCAUUUCUGGACUGUUCGUGAGUUUCUGCCUCCCAUGCUAGAGGCCAACAAGGGAGUCAUCAUGAACAUUGCUUCAGCAUCAGCUAAAUCUGGAACAGCAUUCCUGGUUGAUUACAGCUCAUCCAAGUAUGCAGUGUUCGGCUUCACGGAGGCCCUGAGGGAGGAGAUCGACAGACUGGGGAAGCCGGGGGUCCAAGCCACUGUGGUCUGUCCUUUCUUCGUGGACACAGGACUUUGUAAAUACCCCAAGAGCAGGUUCGACCCAAUCUUGACCCCGAAGGAGACGGCUGUGACGGCCAUUGAUGGGAUGUUGCGAGGGGAGCAGGAGGUGUACGUGCCGAGACGACUUUGGCUGCAGCUGAGGAUAGGGGCUCUGCUUCCUGAGAAAGUCAUCACUCAUCUGAAGAAGUUCCAGCGGCUUGGCAUCGACCCUCAGUACAACUCCAAGAGUGGCUGAUACAACAGGCUUAUGUUGUUUGUUUGUGUACAUAUACUGUUUCUACUUGUUCCAAAGAGCUUGCUGUAAAUUGUGUAUUGAUUUUGAUACCAAUAUGUUUUUUAUAAGUUUACAAGUAUAUCUGAUGUUUUACAAUGACGACAUGAAAAUAAAGUGCCUUUAAAAACAUA